GUGUAUGCCAAAGCAGGUGCAGAUCCGGUGACUCCUGAGAUAGUCCGCGAAGUGAUGAAAAGGCUUCGUCCGAAAGAUAACCUCGACGAGAUAUUCGGCGCGGAUUCGACUUACGAUUAUGGUCGCCAAUUAGCCAGAGACUUCAUUUCAAGGACAGGACUCGAGCGUUUGCCCCAAGUACUGAUGAACGGGAUUCCAUUGGAGCAGAAGCAUUUAAAUGCUGAUGGCUUUGAGGAAGGAGCCAUCAUGGCUUUGUCGUCUCAAAUGAACGUGUUGCAACAAGCUGUGUAUGAUGGGUCCCUGACCGACUCGGACAAUGUCUUGGAUUUCCUCAUGCGGCAGCCGAAUGUCAUGCCGAGGCUGAAUAAUCGCAUUCUGACCGGAGAUAAUGACGAAGUCAAAUACGUUGAUGCAUCCAGCUUGUUCAGUGAUCCCAAGGACGACGAUUUGACUCAGAAAGUGUUCUCGAAUUUUCCGUAUUUCUCGUCGAAGUCUGGGUCGAUGGGCACCAAACCCGUUACGGUUUGGUUGGCGGUUGAUGUCAAUAAUCGGCAAGGGCUAGGGAUUGUUCGGGCUGCUGCUUCUCAUAUUGCUGGGGAUCCGAAUAUGCGCAUCGGAUUGUUGUUCAACGCAGAAGAUGUGAAUAAUGAUCGUCUUGCAAAAGCGGUACUUUCAGUCAUUCAGAGUCAGGAGAAUCGUGUCGCAGCUGAAGUUCUCGAUGCUUUUUUGACCGACAAGAAUGUUAAGAAGUUUGUCGAAGGAAACCUAGAGCCUGUUCAACUGAACUACUCGUCUAAGAUGUUAAACGUUCGCCCGGGUCAAGCUGUGGUUAUUUGCAAUGGCCGUGUUAUCGGGCCUUUGGGAGCGAAGGAAGACUUUGUGGAGAGUGAUUUCCUUUUGCUGAGCCGAUACGUGUCGUCUACGUCGGCUGAUGCGAUUAUUCAAAUGCUACUCGAGGUCAAAGCUCAAGGGAAGCAAGGGCGGACAUUGAGUGACUACGUCGUUGGAGCAACGACUGUCUUACUUUCGCAAGGAGCCGCAAAAAGCAGACUGGAACUGCCAGCCCUGGUGUCUGAUUCGAGCACGGUCCACUUAUCGUCGCAAGUGGAAGGGGAACCCUAUUUGGACAUCGUCGGUAUUGUGGAUCCGUUGACGCGAGGUGCCCAAUUGAUGGCUUCUUUGGUGUCGACUGUGAUGAAAGUUUUGCCGAGCAAAGUUCGACUGUACAUGAAUUGCGUGGAGAAACAUUCCGAAAUGCCGAUGAAGAGCUUCUUUAGAUACGUUCUGGCGUCGGAGCCGGAAUUUGAGCCCGAGACUGGAUCACUCGUGGCCCCUGUGGCCAAAUUCUUGCAUUUGCCAACCGAACCGAUUUUGACGAUGGGAUUGAAGAUUCCGGAAAAUUGGCUCGUCGGUCUUGUGAGAAGUCCGUAUGAUUUGGAUAACAUUAGGUUGAAAGACGUCGAAGGCGGGGUUUAUGGAAAGUCAGAAGUAAGGCGAGUCUUACGUUGUUGA